AUGUACAGUGGUAGGGUCUAUCUGACUGAUUGUUUUCUUACUGUGUGUUUCAGGACAAGAAGACCUACCUUGACAUCAUCCACACCUACACGGAGGUGCACGCCACCGUGCACGGCACCAGCACUGUGCACUUGCCCAGCUAUGUGAGAAACUACGGCAUCCUGAGCGGCCGUGACCUGCAGUUCCUCCUCAGGGAGACCAAGGUGAGAGCAUCACACACACACACACACACACACAAACACACAGGGUGAGAGCUUGCAAACACACACACACACACACUUAUACAGUACACACGGACACACACACACACACACCAGAGUUGAAGAAUCCUGCCCUAGAGAGAGGAACCACACUUGCCACACUGUAGGACUCGGGGGCAUAGGUUCCUGAUAAGAUAAGACGUAAGAAAUACUUUAUUAAUCCCCGAUGGGAAGUUGGUUUGCCAGUGAACAGCAUGUACACACAGUCACGAAAAAGACAACAAUCAACAAUAAGUGGUUAAAAAAAAAGUCCUGAAGUUACAGUGGGCAGUGGGAUGAUUAUUCAAAUGAGAAUGUUAUGAGCAGUUUGUUCUUAAUAGCAGUUAGCUGAACACCACAGAAUGUUCUAAGAUGUACAUACACAUACACACACACACACACACACACACACCGACACUCUGUUUGUUGGGAGUGCGACACCCCCCCCGUGUCUUCACUAUGCAUCACAGUGAGCGGAUGGUGUAUGAUGUCGCUGCCAUAAUGACGUCACUCAAAGUGUCAAGGCGAGUGUCAGGAUCUCUCAGCACAUCAUCAUUAGUCAUAGUGAUCUCGCCCAGAGCGCCUCAGCAGGGCCGUAUGCUAGCCAGGGCCUCCAUUCAUGUCAUGCCCAGACCUGCCACUGCUCUUGACACAAUGCAACUGCUCAAGGUUCACUUCUUCUGAAGCGCCUCCAACCACACUGCCUGAUUUCUAGCCAUACAACUGGUCCCAGAUCUAUUUGUACUGUAUAGCCCAACGACCCUCUGAAGCUCCAACCACAAUGCCUGUUCUCAAGCCACACAACUGGUCUGUUUGUGCUGUAUAGCCAACUCCUAUGGUCGUGCACACAAAACAGAUCUGGGGCCAGGCUACACCUGUCCUAAAUAGUCUGAAAAGAUGCUGUGAUUCUGUGCAAACCUGUCGGGAGAAACUGUGUAAAAUCUGGAAACCAGCAAGAGUCAGGCUUGAAAAGAGAGAGCGAUCAGAUAUCUUUGGAAGGAGAGGGAGAGAGUGGAGGAGAUCUUUGGAAGGAGAGAAAGAGAGUGGAGGAGAUCUUUCAAGAUCUUCUCAUUACCUCGGUGUAUGGAAGCCCGGAGGGGGGGUGGGGCGCUAAUUGCCAUAAAUCCAGACCUGUUUAGCAGCAGUAUUGUGUUGUUGAGAUAACAAGAAGAACGAGGCAAGGUGUUUUCCAGCCACACUUUCCUCCCUGCUCCUCUUUAUGAAUAAAGCAUUUACCUGCUAACAGAUUGCUUGUGUUAAUUGUUCCCCCGAGAUUUUUGGCAAAACGACACGGAAUACAUAGAUAAAGUAUAAAAUAGGGCAGGGGUGGAAGGGACUGUUUGAAUUGGAAAUGAGCCAGCAUUAUACUGCCUUAGUGUAAUAUUAUAUGGCAUUGGUAUUAAGAAUGCUUUGGCUGUAGCUAAUGGGUAUCCUAAUUAAAUACUAAAUCUCACAAAACAUACACUAACUUGCGUUUCCAACUGAAUCGAAGACAGGGCUCAUGUUGUCCCGCUUUCAUUGGCUCUAAGGUCCUAAUUCUCUCUUUAUGACUUGUGAGAAACAGAAUUCAGCUUUGUACCUAGAAGGAAGUUGGCUACAAUUAUUGUCCUCCCGCUCUACAUGCAAUUUGCAACUUCCCUUUGUGUGGAAUGUGGAUGGAGGUUUAACCAUGGGCUGUUUGCAUCUCCUCUGUCAUGCUAUGGCAAAGUGCCCUUCUAUUGAAAUACCAGUUCAAGGUGAUGCAUUGGUCUGGAGUAGGGUGACGUUGCCCGUACACUCUGAUCUUGGGUCAGUUUGGCAUUUUCCCCACUAAUUGUUAUGGUUAAGAUUCAGGGACCCUUGAACAAAAUCAAAUCAGAGUUUAUUUGUCACGUGCACAGCAUACAACAGGUGUAAGCAGUACAGUGACAUGCUUGCUUGCAAGCAUCUAUUCUGUUACUAGGGGAAACUUCACUCCAGAACCAUGCUAUUGCAAAAGGGCCCUUCUGUUGAAAUAACAGCCCAAUGUGAUGCAUUGGUCUGCAGUAUUUAGUGGUGGAUCACUGGCUUUUCUCUCCUAGGUCUCAGCCUUCUUUAUACUGGCAUAUGACCACAUUCUUCUUCUGAAGUUGUUCACUGUAGUUGAAGUACUGUAUUUCAUUGAAGGGCACUUACAACUAGCCUGGUUGCCUCUCACCUUCUCACCACCCCCCAUAUAGAUUCCUUCUCACAAUAUCCAUUUAGCAUAUACUAUGCUAUGCUUUUGUAUGCUGUGCAAUUCUAUGCUGUGCUAUGCUACACUACACUAUCUGAGAGGAGUUUGCUCUAUAAAUAGCAGCUGUUUGUCAGGCCUGUGUGCUCACUGGACUGCAGUCUUCCACACUCACUGCCUUGGAGGAAACACCACCACUGAGCCUCUGCUGCCACCUGUUGACAAAACGCUGACAGCUGCAGUCAAUACUGUCUGUCCCACUGCUGUUCAUUGUUUGCAUUGGGGUUCUCCAACUCCGGUUCUGGGGAGCUACUGUCCUUGGACUGCAGGCUUUUGCUCCAGCUCGUCACUAGCACACCUGAUUUAAAUAAUCAUGAUAAGGAUUUAACUCUGGACCAUGCCUAGCAUGCAAUCUCUAUCGCACUCCACACUGCCCUUUCCCACCUGGACAAGAGGAACACCUACGUGAGAUGCUAUUCAUUGACUACAGCUCAGCAUUCAACACCAUAGUGCCCUCUAAGCUCAUCACUAAGCUAAGGAUCCUGGGACUAAACACCUCCCUCUGCAACUGGAUCCUGGACUUCCUGACGGGCCGCCCCCAGGUGGUAAGGGUAGGUAACAACACAUCUGCCACACUGAUCCUCAACACGGGGGCCCCUCAGGGGUGCGUGCUCAGUCCCCUCCUGUACUCUCUGUUCACCCAUGACUGCAUGGCCAGGCACGACUCCAACACCAUCAUUAAGUUUGCCGACGACACAACAGUGGUAGGCCUGAUCACCGACAACGAUGAGACAGCCUAUAGGGAGGAGGUCAGAGAUCUGGCCGUGUGGUGCCAGGACAACAACCUCUCCCUCAACGUGACCAAGACAAAGGAGAUGAUUGUGGACUACAGGAAAAAAAAGAGGACUGAGCACGCCCCCAUUCUCAUCGACGGGGCUGUAGUGGAACAGGUUGAGAGCUUCAAGUUCCUUGGUGUCCACAUCACCAACGAACUAUCAUGGUCCAAACACACCAAGACAGUCGUGAAGAGGGCACGACAAAGCCUAUUCCCCCUCAGGAGACUAAAAAGAUUUGGCAUGGGUCCUCAGAUCCUCAAAAAAUUCUACAGCUGCACCAUCGAGAGCAUCCUGACUGGUUGCAUCACCGCCUGGUAUGGCAACUGCUUGGCCUCUGACCGCAAGGCACUACAGAGGGUAGUGCGUACGGCCCAGUACAUCACUGGGGCAAAGCUCCCUGCCAUCCAGGACCUCUAUACCAGGCGGGUGUCAGAGGAAGGCCCUCAAAAUUGUCAAAGACUCCAGCCACCCUAGUCAUAGACUGUUCUCUCUGCUACCGCACGGCAAGCGGUACCGGAGUGCCAAGUCUAGGUCCAAAAGACUUCUCAACAGCUUCUACCCCCCAAGCCAUAAGGAAUUAGAUGUGUUACUGCAGGGCUGGAACAAAAUCCUGCACACCCAGUAGCUCUUAAGGAGCGAAUUUGGAGAAGCCUGGUUUUACAUUCCCACACGAGGUAGUGAGGUACAGUGGCUGAGGAGUGAGGUACAGUGGCUGAGGAGUGAGGUACAGUGGCUGAGGAGUGAGGUACAGUGGCUGAGGAGUGAGGUACAGUGGCUGAGGAGUGAGGUACAAUGGCUGAGGAGUGAGGUACAGUGGCUGAGGAGAAGGAUGAUAUAGGGAAAGGCUGGUAGGUAUAGGCUGAAGAGAAGGGAUGGUAUGGGAGACUCCUAAAGAGACCCUCUGUCUCUCCAGGCAGGGCCGGCACUGACCCAGUGGGAUCUGGCUCUUGCCGACUCACAGACCAGCCAUUGUGGCCGUCGCCGGCCCUCCGCUAUAACAACCACGGCUCCAAUGGCUCUCUUUUUACUAAUGGGGCCUCAGACAAACACAUUAUUGUGGCACGCUUCACGGACUAGUCACCUCUGGUUCCAGCAUGUUGGAGAGCCUCUCAGAUAUUUGCUUUGGUCAUCCAACUCAAUGGGUUUGCUAUUGUCCUCUGUGUGUAUGGAGUCUUUGUUGUGAUGAUUGGCAUGGCCUCUUCUCUCCAAUGACAGGGCCGUAUUUGUGUGUAGAGUGUGUUUCACGAGAAGUGCUAGUAGAACAAGUAAUACAAGUACUGUAGCUACAGUACUUGUAUCAGUGCCAAGAAGUGCUUGAACGAGAUGGGUUCAAUGUUAAGUACAUAAAACAUGACACACUUAUUUACAGAGUCUGUCCAUUUUCUGCUGGCUAUGCCAAUAUUCAGCUUUUUUAAUACAGAUCUUUAUUGCUACAAAAAUAUAUAAAUAAAAAUAAACAUAAUCACCACUCACUAAUUCAGUCACUAACAUUUUACCCCGGCAUGCUUAUGGUAACAACACCACUCCCCUUACUUCCUCCUCUGGUCAUUGUUUGUAUGUGCAUGUGUGUGCGCACAUUUUCAUUCACUCAGCGUUAGCCCCUCCUUGGGCCGACACCACAUACACGCUCAAAAGCGACUGAGAACUUGUGGCUCUGCUUACCAGACAGGAGAAGCCCUCUUUUACGACACCGUUUUAUAGCAGAACACUGUGGAAUAGUUAAAAAACAAUAAAAGCUGUCUGAGCCUCUGUAUGCUGCUGGUGCAGACCAAACAAACGAAAACAAUGGCAAGGCUGUGGGAAUUCUAGGAAAUAAGAGGUGUCUGCUCUUAUUUCUCAGAAGAAGAAAAUAUUGUACUGCAAUAGUUUUUUCUUCCUGGCACUGAUUCUGCUGAUGGGGGCUAUUUCAAAGAAGAGUCUACUUGCAAUAACUUUGAUAUGUAGUUGUUGUUUCCUACUAAACUUAGUUGAAUGCAUUAAUUGUAAGUUGCUCUGGACAAUAGUGUCUGCUAAAUGUCAAUGUCAAUGUAAAUGUAAUGCUCUUUUGCUCCACAGCUGUUUGUUGGCCUGUCCUUCCCCUACGAAGGCCCCGCCCCCCUAGAGGCCAUAGCUAAUGGCUGUGCCUUCCUCAACCCCAAGUUCACCCCGCCCAAGAGCAGCAAGAACACAGACUUCUUCAAGGGAAAGCCCACCCUGAGAGAGGUGAGAGGCGCCACUCCGCCUAGGGACCCCAGUCAAAGCGUGUGUGUGUAUGUGUGUGUGUGUGUGUGUGUGUGUGUGAGAGAGAGACAUAACCUAGUCCUCUAUUCUCUUCUGUGCUGCUACCUCUCCUUUCUUUUAUUCAUGACAGGUCCUCUGUAAUAAGUCAGUCUGGUGUUUGCUAAAUGAUAGGGUCUAGUUUGUUGAGCGUGUGUGCACAGUAGUUCUUCAUCUGUGAUGUGACUCGACCUCAAUGCUCUCCUACUACUGAACUACUGUGUCAUGUGUUUGAUUCUGUCAUGCGUUUAUCUGUUUUUAGCCUGCCAGGGGGCUACAGAUGAAAAAUAGCUGUCUAUUAUUAGCUGACUAGCUAAUUCAGCUACUGUGACUCUUCAGUAUUGUCUGAUGUUGAUGAUUGAUUGUACACAAUAAUCACUCUGGAUAAGAGCAUCUGCCAAACCUGCUAAAUGACUCAAAUAUAAACGUAAAACAAUAUAUUGUGUGCUUUCUUCAGCUUGCCAAAAGUAUUUUUAUGGCAGUCGAAGAAAUUAAAUAAAAAUGUGUUCCCAUGCAGUUGACCUCCCAGCACCCAUAUGCUGAGGUGUAUAUUGGCCAGCCCCACGUGUGGACGGUGAACAUCGACAACCCUGCAGAGGUGGAGAGAGCCAUCCGCUCAAUCCUCAGUCAGAAGGUACCCUUAAAACACACACACAGAGACACACAAACAUAAUAGGUUUCCCUGCUCACAUUCUCUCCUUUCUAUUCUUUUAGCACAGUCUGAAAUGAAAACUCUCCCAGUCUCAUUUCCUAAAGCCUCAGAUACUCAAACGAUUGUACCAGUCAGGGAAGCAGAGAGCGUGUUCACAAGGGGGCCCGAUUAGAAUAGAAGAAUAAGACAAAUUCACAGAGAGAUGAAUUGAGAAUAGCAAAGUGAGAGCUUUUCUUUCUCUCUCCCCUCUCACUGGGACCAUGCAUAUUUAAGUCCAGGGGCAAGCAGACCUCGUGUCUGUGUUCCCAAUGGCACCCUAUUCCCUAUAUAGUGCACUACUCUAUGGGCUCUGGUCCAAAGUAGUGCGCUAUGUAGGGAUUAGGGAAUAUGGUGCCAUUGGGGACACACACAACUCGUGUUCUUCUGCAGGGGUGCCCGAACAAUGGGUUUGUUCAUUAGAGAAGGCUACUGUGUCUCAUAUGGUUUCUGACCUAUGUCCAGACUAACAGCCCUCAGCUUAAUUUUCUCUCUCUGUAUGUGCCCCAAAUGGCACCUUGUUCCCUUUAUAGGGCACUACUUUUGACCAGGGCCCUAUGGGCCCAGGCUCUGGUCAAAAGUAGUGCAUUACAGUGCAUUCAGAAAGUAUUCAGACCCCUUGACUUUUUCCACAUUUUGUCACGUUACAGCCUUAUUCUAAAAUUGAUUAAAUAAUUGUUUUUCCUCAUCAAUCUACACCCAAUACCCCAUAAUGACAAAGCGAAAACAGAUUUGUAGAUUUUUUUGCACAUCAUUUUUUGGGGGUGUGCAAAAACUACAAAAAUAAAUACCUUAUUUACAUAAGUAUUCUACAAACCUGUUUUGGUUUUGUAAUUAUGGGGUAUUGUGUGUAGAUUGAUGAGGGGAAAAAAACAAUUUAAUACAUUUUAGAGUAAGGCUGUAAUGUAGCAAAAUGUGGAAAAAGUCAAGGGGUCUGAAUACUUUCCAAAUGCACUGUAUAUAGGGAAUAGGGUGCCAUUUAUGAUGCAACCUCUGUCUCCGCUCUCUACGGCUGAGAGCAUAGAAUGUUAUUCCACCAAUCACAAAUUGAUCUCAGAGGUUAGUUGACCAAGUGAGUGUUUCCCAGCACUGUAUAACAAGUUGUUUAGAUGGAACAAAGAUGCAGCUCAGUAGUUUGUCUCAUUGAGUUUUGCUCUGUCGACUACAGAACAUAAUGACUAUAGUGUGUGUUCAGUUCUCGCUGAUAUCCUCGGCGCUACUGUAGGUAGUUGUAUAUAUAUAUUUCAGGAGUGUUUCUGUCUAGAGGACCUCGGUCAGGGUUGGAGAGUUGUGACGCGCAUACAUACACACAUACUCUGCACGCACACACAGUCUCUCUCUCUCUCUCUCUCUCUCUCUCUCUCUCUCUCUCUCUCCUCUCUCUCUCUCUCUCUCUCUCUCUCUCUCUCUCUCCUCUCUCUCUCUCUCUCUCUCUCUCUCUCUCUCUCUCUCUCUCUUUCUCUCUCUCUCUCUCUCUCUCUCUCUCUCUCUCUCUCUUCAGCCUCUUUCCUUUUCUUCACAUCAGUACCUGUCCCACCAUAGGCACAUCUAAAGCAGACACAGGCACAUACUCUAAGCAAGCUGAGUGCCAUUCUACAGCCUAUAAGAGCUUUAUGUCCAGCUCUAGCCUGACUCACCUGUCUAUCCCCAGAUCGAGCCCUACCUGCCCUAUGAGUUCACCUGUGAGGGGAUGCUGCAAAGAGUCAACGCCUUCAUUGAGAAUCAGGUACGACCUCACUAUAACGGUCCUCUCCAUUCCGCAGUACAGCAGUCAGAGCCUUUUCGCACUAUUGUGCCGACCCUAACUGUACUUUUUAGGCUCACUUUCCGGUGAGUACAGUUCGGUACAAGGUCAGCAUAGUUUUGUUACACACUGCUUAUUUCCAGCAUGGGUUAGGCAGGGCAUGGCUAGCUAACUAUGCCUCUCUGCUUGCUUAGGCGGACUGGCGCCAGGGCCCAUAUUAACAAAGUAUCUCAGAGUAGGAGUGCUGAUCUAGGAUCAGUUUGACGUUUUACGUCAUCAUAAAUAAGAGGGGAGACCUUUAUCCUAGAUCAGUAUUCCUACUCUGAGACGCUUCUUGAUUACAGGCCCAUAUUUGUUAGCGGGCCAGCUCGGCUCCCUUUUAACGAACUGAGCCUUACUAAAAUGGACAAUAUUGAAAGAAAGUAUCUGAGCCAGGACAGUAUGGUUCGGUUUGGCACAAUAGUGUGAAAGGGGUAUCAGAGCCUCUGGAGUAUUCUACAGUGCAUUUUCACUGAAAAAAGGAACUCUGUCCUGUUUCAGACUAGAGCCCAACUGGCCUCUCCUUCUCCUCCCAUCUGUCUAUUUGUCAUGCCCAUGUAUACUAUACCUCUGUCUGGUAGGGAAUAUCAUCUUUCUAUGAGAUUCUUAUCUUGGUGUUGACUUUGUAGCUACUAAUGACAGCAUGCAGCUGCUUCUCUCUUCAUCGACUGUGAACAGAUUGGUUCUGAAUGUAUCUUUUUGCAGAGUUGGCUCUGUGUCCGUUCCUCUCUCGGUGUCUCCCUCCCUCUCUUCCUCUGCAUCUGUUCUGCUGCACUUUGUGAGAAAUGCUGAUGUAAAAAGGGCUUUAUAAAAUACAUUUGAUUGAUCCUGUCUGCAUGAAGAGACGUCCCUAUGCACCCCUGUCCUGUCCCAACAGGGUCCUAUGCCAGCCCUGGGAAAUAGGUCUCAGGAGAAAUGUCACUUUACACACUGUGAACAAACAAGCUGUCAAUAGUGCCAUCUGUCCUAUAGAGGGAUAUUGUUACAGCAAUGCAGCCACAAUAUGAGCUGUUGUCAUUUUUUUAUGCAAUUGAUCCACGUUCUAUCUUUCAUUCACUCAUUCUUGUAUUUUGACUAUUCAAUACUGAAUGUGAAAUUACUUUAAUAUAACUCUCCAGUUUUCUCUCUCCCUGUCCCCUCUUUCUUCCCUCCCUGUCUCUCUCGCUCUCUCUCCCUCCCGUUACCCUUCCCUCUCUCCCAUCUCCCCCUUUCUCUCCCCCGCCCCCAUUCACCCUUUCCUCCCUCUCUCUCCUUUUCCUCCCUAGGAUUUCUGCCAUGGCCAGGUGAUGUGGCCUCCCCUCAGUGCUCUGCAGGUGAAGCUGGCUGAGCCGGGGAGCUCCUGUAAGCAGGUGUGUCAGGAGGAGCAGCUCAUCUGCGAGCCCUCCUUCUUCCAGCACCUCAACAAGGACAAGGACCUGGCCCGGUUAGUGUGUGCACAUAAAGUACACCUAAACCUGCAUGCAAACGCGUGCACUCGCACACACACAAAUGCACAUCCGAGACACACGCACACAUGCAUUUUGCUUUCUACCCAACAGAUGGCGGUAUAGCAUAAAUAUACGUUCAAUACCUGUCUGAUGCUGUGCUGAAUAUGUUUUGCUCUUAAACCACUAGAGGUCGCACACAAGUUAUUCCCUUAAUAAAGAUUCAGAGACAAAAUGAUAGAGAGAUCUCAGAAGGAAACAGAAUUUAUUGCAAUUGUCAAAUGUCAAUAUAAGCAAUCUCAAAUUAAACUCACUCGUCAGUGUCAGCAGUGAGUGGUUAUUGAGACGUCAGGACUCAAUGUAAUGGGGAUCAUUUAAAGGAAUUUUCUCUUUGAGCUGUAGUGCAUCAUAGCAGACACAGUGAUGCUCAAUCUGUCUGUCUGUCUGCCCUGACUGUGUCUACCUGUCUUUCUACCUGCUUGUCUGUCUGACAGCGUCUGUCCAUCUGUCUCUUUCUGUCUGUCUAUAUGAUAUCCCAGAUGUACAGAUACAUUUUUACUUGUGUUUCUUUGUUAUGUGUAUACUGUAUAUUGUGUCUUAUGUACUCCCGGCAGCAUAAUGAAUUUCCCUGUGUGGACAAUAAAGUAGAAUUGAAUAUUUACCAUUUUCUGUCUCAGGUUCGGCAUGGACUGCCAGACGGUGGAGUCGUCGGGCGACACGGUGGUGCCGGCGUACAGCGACGCGCGUCAUCACUGCGUCUUCCAGUCGGACCUGCUGCUGUUCAGCUGCGCCGGCGCCCACCCCUCCCUCAAACGCGUCUGCCCCUGCCGGGACUACAUGAAGGGCCAGGUGGCGCUGUGCAAAGGCUGCCUAUAG